AUGUUGCUGCGCGCAUUGCAGCGGCGCGGCGCUCUUACGUGCAGCAGGUGCAAUAGCGGCUGCUGCUGCAGCAGCUGCAGCAGCCGCAGCAACAGCAGCAGCGGGGAGGACGGGGAGUUGGCAGCGGGGGAGGUGCUGGCGCGGGUUGUUGUUGCCUCAUCGUAUUGCGGUUUAUCUGCUGCUGCUGCUGGAACGCCGCAAGGCAGUAGCAGCAGCAGCAGGGGCAGCAGCAGCAGCGAUGCGAGCAUUCAGUACUCGCAGCAGCAGCAGCACGAAGGCGAGCAGCGGCAGCGCAGCAGCAGAAGCGGCAGCUCGAAGGAGUUGGCCGAGCGGCUGCUGAACAGUUCGGCCCCCUGCAGCGUCCGGGUGCUGCUGGAGUCUGCUGCUGCUGCUGCUGCUGCACUGCCGGAAGACCUGCUGCGGCUGCGGCAGCAGCAAGUGCUGCAGCGGCGGCUGUCGCUGCCGGUGGGCUGGGGCGCCCUGAAGCUGGGCUCUGUUGACCCUGAGGUGUACGUACACUCCAAACUAGCCAUUUUGCCUUUAGAGCUGCGCUGCGAAGUAGUUACUGUUGCGCCGCUGCAGCAGCAGCAGCAGCAGCAGCCGAGGAGCCAGCAGCAGCUGCAGCCGCCACACUUCACUUGGGACCCCUUGGAUGAGGAGACGCUUCCUCAGCAAUUUGCUGCUGAGGAGUUCUCCGCUAUUGGCGAGUCAGCUGCUGCUGCUGCUGCUGCGUGGGGCAGCGGAGCCGCAGCUGCGGGAGCAGCAGCAGCAGCAGCAGCAGCAGCAGCAAAACGCGCCGGCGCCGAGCGCUACGUGUACGUACACUCCCCGCUGGCGCAGCAGCAGCGCCCAAGACUCCGCGUAGAAGCAGAUGGACUUUCUUGGCCUUCUUUCAGCAGCGCUUGUGCUGCUGCUCUGGCUGUGGGGCCCCACCCGCGUCGUGCAGCAGCAGCACGCAGGACCCGUCUCCGCUGGUGCUGCAGCAGCUGCUGCAGCAGCUGCAGCAGCAGCAGCAUCUGUAGCAGCGGCUGCAGCGCGCAGUCCCACGCCACAGCGAGCUCGCGGGAGCGGCAGCAGCAGCGCCACUUGCUGCUACAGCAGCUGCAGCAGCAGCAGCAGCAGCAGCAGCAGCAAGGCGACAACAGCGUCUUCUGGCAGUGGCUGCAGCGGCAGCAAGAAGUCUUGUCGCCCCCUGAGUUCGCCGGCGUCUGUCUUGGGCUGUCUCUACAGGGGCAGCUGCAGCAGCUGCGAGCAGCAGAUUGGAUUCGGCUGCUGCAGGGGGCCCCAGCUGACUGCAGCACGGCUUUGUCUGGGCUGCUGCUGGCUGCCUGCUGCAGCAGCAUCAGCAGCUGCAGCACCAGCCUGCGCCGCCUGUGUCUGCUCCACCUGGCCCCUGCUCCCCUGAUGGCAGCUGCCGUGCUCAACAGCAGCAGCAGCAGCAGCAGCAGCGGCAGCGGCGCGCCUACAGAGGCUGCUGCACUUGUGGGUUUGGGUUUGCUGCACUUUGGGUCGGCUGAUCCAGCUGUCACGGCGACGCUGCUGCAGCACCUGCUGCGGCCGCCUUGGCUGCAGCAGCAGCAGCAGCAGCCGCCGCCGUUCGAGGCUCACCAGCAGCAGCAACAGCAGCAACAACAGCAGCAGCAGCAGCAGCAACUGCAACUCCUUCAGAGGCAUGUCUACGCCUUCAGCGCGGCCUGGGCUUUGGGGGCUGUCUGGGCCGGCCAUUUUGCCCAGCCCAGGAGCUGCUGCUGCAACGCCAGCAGCAGCAGCAGCAGCAGCAGCGAGAACAUAGAGGCGUGGACUGCGGAGCUGCUGCUGAUCGCCAACCUCACAACCCCCUGGCCUUGGGGAGCAGCAGCAGCUACGAGCAGCAGGGGAGGCAGGGGCCCCAGCGGAGAGGAGCCUGCGCUGCGGCGGUGCCUGUCGCUGGUGACAGCAGCAGCAGCAGCAGCAGCAACAGCAGCAGCAGGGGAAGCAGGGGCCGUGCGGGGGCCGCAGCCUUUGGUGCUGGGCGACGAGCACGCGCGGCUGCUGCUGUCUCCCUGGGGCUUCGGGCACUUGAAAGGGCAGCAGCAGCAGGACGCCUGGAGCAGCACCAGCAGCAGCAGCCGCUGCAGCAACGCGCAUGCAGGCGGCGUUGAUGCCUCUUUGCUGGGGCCCCCUGCUGCUCUCGCCUGGGGCCUCAUCUACUUCAGCAGCGGAGAUGAAGCAGCAGCACGCGCGCUGCUGCUGCCAGCCACAAGUCUGCAGCUCGAGGAGUGCCUGCCCAACACUGUGGCUUACAAGAUGCUGGCGCGCUGCCUCAUUCGCUUUCGCUCUAUAAGACCCUCCCACUUAUGGGUGGCCUCGCAGCUGCCGCCCAUUAUCAGGGUGCUGCCCAGCGACGCCCCAGUGCCUGCAGCAGCAGCAGCAGCAGCAGCAGCAAGAAAGCCAUCCACGGUGCCCUGCAUGCCCUAUGCGCACCUAGUGAACCCAGAGACCGGUUUGCUGCUGCCUCGUUCCAGCACCAGCAGCAGCAACAGCAGCAGCAGUUGCAGCAGCAGCAGCAGCAGCACGAACUGGAGCAACUUGAAUCUGUACAAAGCCAACCUGGUGCGGGCGCACUGCAUUGCUGCGUUGCUGUGGGGCCUGGGGAUACGGUUUGCUGGCAGCAACGACCCUGCUGCUGUGCUGCUGCUGCUGCAGUACUACUCGGUAUUUGCAUGCGCGCGUAUUGCUGCUGUGGAACCUCAGCAGCGGCCGCUGCAGCAGGAGCAGCAGGAGCAGCAGCAGCAGGACGAGCAGCAGCAGGUGGUGUGGGUCCCGUCGCUGCCAAUUCGCUGCCCCAUUUUGCAGAAGGAAGUGGGGCUGGAUGCAGCAGCAGCAGCAGCGCUGCUGCGCUGCUGCUGCUGCGCUCUGGCCUGCGUGGCUGCUGGGACCGGCAGGGAGGACGUUUUUGCUGUGCUGCUGCGGGAGCGGCGCCGCCUCAGCACUGGCGGCAGCAGCAGCAGCAGCAGCAGCAGCAGCGGGAAGGGCUACGCGGAGCAGCUGCUGCUGCACCACUGCAUAGGCCUGCUGUUCAUGGGUGGCUGCCGCUGGUCGCUGCAGCGCAGCAACAGCCUUGCUGCUGCUGCGCUGCUGCUCGCCCUGCAGCCGCUUGCUGCAGGCGCCCCCACAGAUGCCUGCAGCAGCAAGUUGCUGCAGCAGGCCGAGCGGCACUUGUACGUUUUAGCUGCUGAGCCCCGCUACUUGCGAGCAGCAGAAAUGCAUGCAGGGGUUUCUGUGCCGCUGCCGGUGGAGCUGCUGCUGCGGCGCGACCGCCCGAGCAGCAGCAGCAGCAGCAGACUCAGCGCCGCAAAUGCAGCAGCAGCAGCAGCUGCUGCUGCUGCUGCUGCUGGCACUCAG